GAUUUGAGACUUUCAUCCCUCACCGCCUUUUCAGGACCUGUGACAUCUGGUACAACAGUGUUCAGUGUGUUAUCCCAAUCUGCCAUGUUUCCUCUGUCUUCAACAACACUCUUUGCUACCAUUCCAAUCUCUACAUCAGCGUGCCCUGUAAUAAAUGUACAAAAUCUUGGAGGGAUAAUAGUCACAGAGAAGUGGAAUACCAGCUUUUCCCUAAAGUGGUCAGAUAACAUUACUUCUACUUGCACCAACUAUAAUAUCACCAUACUUCCCAAGGGAACUUUCAGUUGCCAGUUUAAUUUCUCCAUUAACACCUGCUACUUUUACAGCCUUACACCUGGGCAAACCUACACAGUCCAAAUAGCAAGCAGAGGUGUAUUGAUUCAUUCAGUGAAUAUCACAACAGAACCAGGACUUGUGUCUGAUGUUUCCUUUCUGGCAAAUGAAACAACAAAUACUUCAAUUACUGUCAGAUGGUCAGCUGCCCAAGGAAUUGUUGAAUACUACCUGGUCACAAUAAGUAACAAUUCCAUGCCUUUGAAAAUGGACCUGACUAUUUAUCCAAGUACAAAUUUACAUGCUCAGUUUAAAACACUACGGCCUGGAUAUAUCUAUAUGUUUGUAAUUAAAACUGUAACCACUGGAAAUGUUUCCAACAAUGGAGUGUCGGCUUGGCAGAAUACAGAUACUGAUGAAUGUAGCCUUUCUGUUAAAAAAUGUGACCAGAUUUGCAAUGAGCGAAAUCGAUUUGAAAUGAACCGGGGGUACCAGUGCAGCUGCAAUCCUGGAUUUAUGCUCAAGGCUGACAGUGCUAGUUGCAAACCUGUUAUACCAUGUCCAAAAAGCUGUACAAAUGGGAUUUGCUAUACCGAUUUGAUGAACAAGCAGACAAAAUGUCAAUGUGACAAAGGCUAUACAGUUGAUGCGGAAGAGAAAAAUUGUAUAGAUAUCAAUGAAUGUGAUGGCAAAAACAUCUGUAGCCAGGUGUGUAUUAAUACAGUCGGAGGUUUCUACUGCAGCUGCUUGACUGGCUACUCCUUGAACCCAGCUGAUACAACAUCUUGCAGUGACAUCAAUGAAUGUUCUAACAAAAAUGGUGGCUGCAGCCAACUUUGUGUUAACAGACCUGGGAGUUAUGCUUGUGAAUGUAACUCUGGCUAUACAUUAAAUAUUGCGAAUAAGUCAAAGUGUGAUGAUGUGAAUGAAUGCCUCAAUAACCCUUGUAACCAUGGUAGUACCUGUACAAACACUCCCGGGUCCUACAGCUGUAUCUGUGUACCAGGAUGGACUGGGCAGGGCUGUUUCACAGAUAUAGAUGAAUGUAAAUCAUCUCAUUGUAUGAAAGGCUCGUGUAUAAACACUGUUGGCUCUUUCCAAUGUAAUUGCAGACCUGGAUGGACUGGUACUCUCUGCAACAAAGAUAUCAAUGAGUGCUUGAGCAGCCCUUGUCGCAAUGGAGCAACUUGCCAAGAUCUAGAAAAUGCAUUUGCAUGUGUUUGCAGAGCAGGAUAUACUGGACUCUUCUGUCAGACAGUGAUUGACAACUGUGCCAGUGGUCCAUGUCAGCAUGGUGGAGUCUGUGUUAAUUCUGUCAAUUACUAUACUUGUCACUGCCCACAGAAUUGGAAAGGCAACAACUGUGAACAAGAUGUCGAUGAAUGUUCUACGGGAUUAAGUGCCUGUGAUCAAAAUGCGGUUUGUACCAAUACUCAAGGAUUUUACAAUUGUAACUGCAAAAACGGAUAUGAAGGCAAUGGAUUUAUCUGCAGAGAGAAACGUCUGUAUGACUAUGGCCCAUCAUUUGGAGAUCUAAGAGCAACAAUAAGAACAAAGGACUUUGUUUCUCCAGUAAUAGAGAUACCAAUGGGAUUUCCAUUUGAUACCACAUUUUAUUAUAAAAUUUAUUUUACAGACAAUGGAUUAAUUGUUUUUCAACAAAAUGAAUAUGAGUAUCAAUACUCGUAUCCUUAUCCUUACUCAGAAUUUACAAUAUACUACUUUUAUUACUAUUAUUACUACACCAUCUACUACUCAACUCCUAUGAUUGCUGUCUUCUGGGCUGAUGCUGAUUUAACUGCAUAUGGUGAAAUCUACUACCAGGUGUACAACUUCAAUGUACCAACAACUGACAAUAAUGCACUUAAUUUCAAGACUGCCAUUGAAAAUGCUGUAAAAACAUAUUAUGGAUCACAGAUUGGUAAUCAGUUCACAGCCACCUGGGCACUCAAAAUCACCUGGGAAAAUGUCUUACCAUAUACUUCCUACAUAGCAGUUGAUACUUCAUAUACCAACACUUACCAAGCAGUACUUGUAACAGACGGUGUCUAUUCAUUCUGUCUGAUGCAAUUCAAAGAUGGGGGAAUGAACUGGAGGUAUCAAUCUCUUCCAUCAUACUACAGACCACUCAUGGGCUAUAACAGUGGGCAGUACCCAUUUGCCAGCUUUUAUGUGCAGACACCGAUGUUCCCAACAUUUAAUGAUCCACAGACACGCUACUCUACAAGUGACUAUCAAAGAUACCAUCCAGAUCAAUAUACAGGAUACAAUACACAGAAAAAAGGACUAUGGGCAUAUCGUUUAGAGCGAAAUACUGGAAACACAAUAAAUCCAAGGCAAAAGUGCUUGAACUGGUAUUACAAUGAGCCCUAUCCAUAUUGGUAUUACUAUACUCCGCCAUGCCCUUGCAGUUACUGGCAAGCUAUUUGGGAUCCAUCAUAUACCUGGGGAGACCAGAUUAUGUUUUAUGGUUUUGCAGUGAAAAAGCCAAAUGAAUAUUAUAUAACGAUGCAGAACAAUUUUCAGAAUUGGUAUGGAGGUGGUGUAAGAUGCUACUACAGCUGGACUGGGGCUUUGCUUUAUGGAGAAAAAGAGAGAUUCAGCCCACUUCCAUGGACAUAUACAAAUUUUUGGUAUUUCUGGUUUUACUGGUGGUAUCAAAGUUGGUGGUAUAACUACUGGUAUGUUACAGUGCCUGAGCUAAGAAGACAGUACAAAGCAAAUGAAGUUGAUCCAUACAAUGCAUGUUGCGAAGAUUCUCGUUCAAGUUACUUUUGUAAUCUAUACCGUCAAAAAAGACCAUUGGACUACUGUUGGGGAUAUGUGCCACCUCGAUUUGGGUGGUUUUUUGGAGAUCCACACAUUACCACUCUGGAUAAUGUUGCCUACACAUUUAAUGGCCUUGGUGAAUACAUUCUGGUGAAUGUAAAGAACAGCAGUGAACUGCUCUUCACACUGCAGGGUCGAACAGCCAGAGCUGGAAGAAAUGCAACUUCUGCUGCCACAAAUUUUGUAGCCCUGGCUGCAUAUAUACAAAAUGGAAUAACGGUUCAGUGGAAUCUUUAUAAUGAAAAUUCAACCACUCUUAUAGUUAAUGGCACGGAGAUUACACUAUCAGCUGGUAAUACUACAUAUGUAAGCAAAGCGACUGUUGAGAAAACAGAGAAUGAAACAAAAGUGGAUUUUGAUGGAGGAUUUUCUGUGUCUGUGUCAGCUGCACUGGGAGCAUUGUCAUUCAAAGUGUUAAUGAACGUUCAGCAUCAAAACAACACUGAAGGCCUGCUAGGUGUAUUUAAUGGUGAUCCAACUGAUGAUUUCUUAACUGCAAAUGGAACACAUCUACCUUAUGAUGGAAAAAACCUACCAAAUGAAUCACAGAUAUACUAUGAAUUUGGCGAGACAUGGAGAAAUACACAAAAUAACAGUGUUUUCACGUACAACUCCAGCAAUGGGGAGUCAUGGUAUACCUAUAAUAACCAAAGCUUUGUACCCAAAUUUUAUGAUGAGCUAAAAAAAACUUCAGAUCCAGCCACAAUCCAAAAAGCAAAUGAGACAUGCAGUGGAAAUGAUGAGUGCAUUUUUGACAUUUUAAGCACAGACGACUUUGCGUUUGGAGCAGCCACUUUGCAGAGUGUAACUAGUUUCAGACUGCAGAACAGCACUGUGUCAAAUUUUCCUCCAAAUAUAACAGGACCAUCUAAGAUUGAAGCAGUCCUAAACAAACUGGUAUCAGUUGUGUAUACUGCAGGUGAUCCAGAAAAUGACACAGUGGUCUUUUCAUUAAACAGUACUUCAGAUGACAUACAAAUUACAGAAAAUGGAAAAUUAGUUUGGUAUCCCAACAGUUCAGACUCUAUUUUAGCAUCCAUAAAAGCAAGAGAUUCUAAGGGUGCCUACUCCGAAUUAGCAUUGCAGCUGGUCCUGUGUAACUGCAGUAAUAAUGCCACGUGUGUCUUUAGUACAAGCAGUUUGGCAUCCAGUGACAAUGCAAACUCAAAUGCAACAUUCACGAUUGCUGCAUGUAACUGCUCUGAAGCUUACACUGGACAGUACUGCGCAGAUGAUUAUGAUGCAUGCAUAAAAAAUCAAUGCUAUCUCAAUAAUACUUGUCAAGAUAAUAAGGCACCACAAACAGGAUACACCUGUGGUCCCUGCCCAACAGGGUUAUCUGGAGAUGGCACUAAAUGUCAUGAUAUUGAUGAGUGUCUAGAGAACAUAACAUACUGUGAACAAAAAUGUGUCAAUACUUUGGGAGGUUACAACUGUACCUGUGAUGAUGGUUUCCAGAUUGAUCCAAAUAACUCAUCUGCAUGUAAAGGUAAGCGGUUUGUUUAUCUCAACAUGGUUAUGCCUAGAUUUUCAUUGUAA